AUGGCUAAGCCGGAACUGCACGGUUCUCACGUUUACAAAGGAUCAGAGGCACAGAGGGCACUGCCUGUGAGCUAUAACGAGAGCUCAAUCUUCAACCUGUGCUCACAGUGCCUGAGUUGUGUAUCUCCAAAAAUAACACCUUCUGUUGCUUUCUAUCUUUGUCUCCCCAAAACAAGGACCAUGACAGAGCACCUGGAGCAGAGUGAUGACGUCAGCCUCCUGACCCCACAGGAGUUGACAGACACUGCGAAAGACGACGACCCACAGUGCCCACCACACUUCCAUCAAAGCAUCAUGCUGCAGCUGAUUGAUGACCUGUCCUAUGAGGAUGUGAAGAAAUGCUACCGUGGUUCAACCGUCAGCAAGUACAACUCUCAGUAUCACAAACUCUUCCAGACUGUCCCCAAGGAAGAGAUCCUCAUGAAAGUGUAUUCCUGUGCUCUGCUCAGGGACAUCCUUCUGCAGGGACGACUAUACAUCUCUCGCAACUGGCUGUGUUUCUAUGCCAACCUCUUUGGCAAGGACAUAAAGGUGGUCAUACCAGUGGUCUCUGUUCGACUAGUUAAGAAGCAUAAAACAGCUGGCUUAGUGCCAAACGGACUGGCCAUCACAACUGACACCAGUAAGUAUGUGUUUGUGUCUCUGCUGUCACGGGACAGUGUGUAUGAUGUGCUCAGGAGAAUCUGUACACACCUUCAGGUCAAUGGUAAAAAGAGCCUCAGCUUAAAGCAGUACCUGGAGGAGCCAAGUUCAUUAUCAAUGGACGAAUUUCCUGUCCCUGGCGACUUCCCACCGGUGCUGAAAUGGCGAAGGAAGCCAUCUGUUCCUUCCGUGUCUUCCUCUCUGCCUGACCUUCUAGGAAACUCCUCCAGCAGUCUCAGUGCAGUGGAUACAGCUUUCCAGACAGACACUCCUCUAGAGGAGAGGGGUCUUGAGAAGGAAAAGAUUCUCCUGACGGAGCCAGUACCAGAACUGGGCCAUAUGGAGUACCAGCUGCUUAAGUUCUUCAUCCUGCUUAUAAUCCUGCUCAUCUUGUCAUCCUGUUAUCUGGCUUUCCGUGUGUGUAGUUUGGAGCAGCAGCUGUCCUUCCUCAACACACAGCCCACACUACCCAUGAAAGAGAGGUGA